GCAUGCAACAUUGAAUUUUCCCUUUCACGAAUUCAUAAUUUUUUGUGACAAUUCUCUUCUUCUUUGACUUAUGCAAAUGUAUUUCUGUAGGUACGUUCCACCUUUGGCCUUUGGUGUGCAUGAGAACAUAGCAUGUCUUGGAUGCUGCAAAAAAACUCCAGGGAUUAUUUCAAUGGAUGAAGCAUCUAAAGGACUAAGGACUCAAGGUCAAACAGUGACUAAGGUGGAUGGAUCAGAAGAUUUCUGGAGCAGCAGCACCUUUAAGUUAGACCAUAGUGCAGCUCAUUCCCAGAGAAGCAUCUCGUCAAUCGGAAUGCCAAAUAAUCCUUCUGAUCCUCAAAGUAGUGGAGGCAGUCAAACUGGUCCUCCUGAAUUUGUCAACCAUGGCAAGUUUGCUGUUAUAUGGUUAUUAUCUGUUGAUUUUCUUCUGUGCAAACAAUCUUGCUUAAUUGGUAAUAGAGUUAUUCAAGACUUAUAA